AUGGCAUCAACAAUAACGGAACGUAUCUCAUCGAAUUUAUACCUUGUUGAAUACUUCGUUUUCUGUCCAUUAUUAUGCGAAAAAGAAGGACAGGAAGGAAGAAAAAUUCUGUAUUAUUAUCCCGCAGAUACAGAUAUUGAUCGUCAAAUACGAACUGUUGGAUACUGCGAAGGUUUAGUGAAAUUUACUGAGACAUUUGGUUUUGAGGAUCCAUGUGAAAGCGUGCAUUUUCAAAAAACACGUUUACUAUUUCAUAAAGUUGAACAAGACAUUUGCAUAGCAAUGUCACUCCAUGUGCCUGUCAUCGAACGGAAACGAGAUGAUAAAUAUAUCGUCGAAUAUUAUGAUGAUAAUAUCAAUGAUCGAAUUAUGUUACCAUUGUUAAAGAUUUCCUAUCGAUACUUUACAUUACAACAUGGUGCUAUGUCCUCCUCAAUUCGACAUGGUGGAGUUGAAGAAUUGAGAAACAUACUUAAACAACAUUUUGAUAAAUUUAUUCAACAUCAUCUACACGCAAUGAUUCGCGAUGUGACAUUGGAUACAUCAUAUCUAGGUGUACAAUUUUUGCCAGUGGAAAAGAAACUUUAUCUAAAACUACAGUCAAUUCUUCGACGACUUGAGUUACGCUUUUCAUCUUUGAAAGAAACUCUCUUUCUAUACAAAGAUCAACUCAUUUGGAGUGGUCUCACUCAAGAUGAUACUAGUUUAGUUUAUUUAUUUUUUCGACUUUAUUAUUGGCCACAUCUUAAACAAUUGCAAACAUCGUCUACGCCACAAUUUUUAACUGUUGAUACCAGUGCUAAUCCAGCUGAUGAAUUGAUCAUUUCAUCACAAGCAACUAGCGAAAUUUAUCAAGCUUUUUUCCUAGGAAAUCCUCUAACACCAUAUCGAAUCUUGGUGAUCAAUAUUAAUUUAAUAACCAUAUUUUGUUUUUUCCAUAAUAACGAUGAAUUAACGAACGAUGAAACAACAAAUACUGAAAUUGUCGGAACAUUGAAGAAAGAACUAGACACAAUGAUACCAACUUUUGAGGAAUAUUUACGAAAGAAAUAUCCAGUAACAGACAAUACCGUACGAACAGUAUAUUAUAACAAAAUGAAUAUGGCACAUUCAUCAACAGUCGACUGGACUAAGGAACCGAUUAGUUCGAUGAGUGGGAUUAUGAAUACACUCGCUGAAGAUAUGCAAUGGUUUCAUCCUUCGGGUGAAAUAAUGGUCAAACGUGAAAAUGAUCCUUGGAUCAUCGCAAAACGAUCGGAUAUGCGCGAACUAUUGAUUGCUGUCAAUCAAAGAAAUGCGAAUUUGAAAGAAAUCAGCGAUAAAGUCAAACAAAUCUUUACGACACAAUUUAGUAACAUUUUACUCUUAGAGUGA